UGCGUCAUGAAGGAAGAGAGAGAGAGACAGCAGAGCCACAUCUGGCAAACUCUCGUCUUACUUUAACCACACCUACAGGCGCAUUUGUUCGCACGGAGCGCUCUACCUGUCGAAAGUAAACGAUUUGGUGGGUGAAAUUACCCAAACGGCGAGAGAAGAGCUAUAAACGGGUACUAAAAUUUGAGUUUAGUCGCUUACGAUGGAUUAGGAGUCACUUGAUUCAACGUACAUAAGGAAGAAAGGAAAUCCAAGUUUGAGUGUGUGCUACGAUCAUGGACUGGAAGACCUUCCAGGCCCUGCUCAGUGGGGUGAAUAAGUAUUCCACAGCGUUCGGCCGAGUGUGGCUGUCUGUGGUGUUUGUGUUCAGGGUCAUGGUCUAUGUAGUGGCCGCAGAGAGAGUGUGGGGUGAUGAGCAGAAGGACUUUGACUGUAAUACCAAGCAGCCUGGCUGUGCCAAUGUUUGCUACGACUUCUUCUUCCCCAUCUCUCACAUCCGCCUGUGGGCGCUGCAACUCAUCUUUGUCACCUGCCCGUCCUUCAUGGUGGUCAUGCAUGUGGCAUACCGGGAUGACAGAGAGCGCAAGCACAGGGCCAAGCAUGGGGAAGAUGCCAAGCUCUACAACAACACAGGCAAAAAGCACGGAGGGCUGUGGUGGACUUACCUGAUCAGCCUCUUUGUGAAGACUGGCAUCGAGGUGGCUUUCCUCUACAUUCUCCACAAAGUGUAUGACAGUUUCUACCUACCUCGGCUUGUCAAAUGUGAGGUGUCACCCUGUCCAAAUCAGGUGGACUGCUACAUCGGACAUCCUACUGAAAAGAAAGUCUUCACCUACUUCAUGGUUGGAGCUUCAGCCCUUUGCAUCAUCCUCAACAUCUGUGAGAUAAUUUAUCUCAUAUCCAAAAGAAUCGCCAGAUGUGCCAACAAAGUGAAAAGACGACAUCAAUGCAUGGUGGUGCCUGAGCAAGACUUCAAUGAAGACAAUUUCUUCAACCAAAGCACUCUCCCUGCAUCCCAGCAAGGCCUGAAAGACUUUAAGGACAGACCCCCUUCAUUUAGAUCUGUAACCAAGUCGUCAGUGCACAAACUCAGGCUAGAGGAUAAAGUACACGCCUCUGCUCCUAACCUGUCAAUCUCUUAACGAUGGGAGAGCAGACUUGCUAAAGAAAGAUAUGUCAUCUCAGAAAAGAGGGUGAAAUCUCAGGAUAAACUAUAGCACAUGUCAAAGUUGACAUGUAGUUAUAAUGCAGACACGAACGUUUUCAUGGCAAUAUAAACAAUACUUACUCCAAAUCAGCUCAGUAAGAUUUUUUUUUUUUAAGUGUAGAGUUCCUUUGACAGAUCUUCAUUCCAUUUACAACAUUCCUGUUUAGUGUAUUUGUUCUUUCUCUUGUAUUUACCAUGAAAGAAGAGAACUAUUCUACAAGAAAGCAAGGCACACCUGGCUGAAGUAUUGAGCCUCGAUGCUAUUGCCUACUCUUUCCCCAGCAUUAUCUAUUACAGAUAUUUUUGUCCUAAUAAUGACAAAAAAUAUAUAUUUGUGCAUCAACACAGUAUUACUUGAAGCAGGUAUGGUAUUGUAUUGAGUGGUAAUCACUCAUCACUUGUAUUUCUUCAAUCCUUGGCUAGAACAUGGAAACUUUCUGCUGAUUUGAAUGAGGAAAAAAUGCUGCUGCUGAAUCCUUGACUAGAAAACUGGACUAAGAAAACCAAAGGAACAAGGAGGUGAUUUCCUCAAAGCCUUAAAUACACAUGACCAGAAAUAUGUUUGUUUAUAUAAAUGUAAAUAUAAUAAAAUUAUUGAUUUUUCUAUCAGAUGUUAA